AAAUAAAAGAAAAUGAAAGGAUAAUAAAAGAAAAGAGAAGAUAAACGUUAAAAGGGAAAGGAAAGAGAAGAAAAGAUGAUGUCCGGACGCUAUACCGGCAUUGAUAACCAGAAAGUUUCUGGAUCCGUACCCACCGUUUCAGAUUCCGGCCGUGUCCCCGUCCAAUUUACUGAUUCCGGCCUUCAAACGUUUCCUCCAUCGGGUGUGCAGGGGAAGAUAUCUGGUGGAGCUCAACCUCCACGUGAUGCGGAUGAUUCAUUUUCAAGACCUGCCGAUGGCUCUCUUAGGGGCUCUGACGAAUCACAAGGAGGUGGGUGGUUACAUAAAUUCACGGUUGCUGCAUACAAGCCGUAUUUUGAUGUUGAUACUUCAGAUGUUUUGGACAGACUUAAGGAGUCACUCUAUCCAUUUAGAGGAACAUUUACAGAGAAGACAGCUACCAAUCCUGAUUUAUAUGGACCAUUUUGGAUCUGCAGCACUCUUAUAUUUGUAGCAGUGGCUUUUGGUACUUUUGUGACCUAUAUAGCACACAAGCUCCAGGACAAAGAAUGGAAUUAUGAUGUAAAUCUGAUUACAUGGUCUGCUGGUGUGUUCUAUGGAUAUGUCACUGUGGUUCCUCUUUUCUUGUAUGUUAUUCUCAAGUACAUCUCAGCACCAUCAGACCUUGUCCAAUUGUUUUGCCUAUAUGGAUACUCCUUAUUUAUCUUUAUUCUAGCAAUGGUAAGUUCUCUAAAUGAUAAGCUUGUUUGUCUGCCAGUUUCUCAUUUAUCUUUCGGAGCUGGAAAAACUUUUGUUGAAGUUGAUUCCCCAUCGCCACCUUCAUCCCCCCUCUAAUUUUAAAGAGAUUCCAAUUGCUUAAAGAACCGAGUAAACUGUCUGAAGAAAAUAAAUCAUUUAUGCUUGAAACUUCCCGUGGAAGAUUUUCACUGUAAAUCUGACACUGGGAUUUCUGGAGAGUGUAUUGUCUGAGCCAUGUAAAGAUUUGAUAUGUGAAAUAACAAUCUUUCAGCAAUGUUCUAUGACUUCAUAUUGUAGCUGAAAUUGUUGUUUCUACUUGUUUGCAGUGUCUAUCUGUAGUGCCCUUGGAAAUUUUCAGAUGGAUAAUUGCAGGGGUAUGUCGGCAACUUUUGUGGCACUUAAUCUCAAAGCUCAUAUUA